AUGAGGUGGAUCAACCUCUUUUUCGCUCCUUCUUUCAUCACGCUCCCUCUCAGCACGCCAAUCAGCGGCGUGGAGGUCGCCAAGAUCAUUGCGGUAUUCGUGCUGGGCUGGGUCAUUACGGUCAUUUUUACAGCCUUCUUUACCCGAGGACUUCAAGCGCUCUUCGGCUCUCGAAAAAAGAGCCAUCAGCAAUCGCCGGAAGAAGACGAUACCAGUACGGAGCUAGUCGGGGUCGUGCCAGCCAGUGUCAGUGAAGCGACCCUCGAUCCCCCAAUUGUGCCCACUCGCCCUGCCACCGUUUUUGGAGGCUCAACGGCGCCAAUUCCCCGACAAAGGGACCUCGGACAAGAGUCUCAACUCACCCAAGAUUCUAUUCCGGAUCCGGAUCCAAGGGAUCCCGCCAGCGCGCAGACCGGCUACAUGGAGCCAGAGGUUGUGCCUGCGUUGUCGCCUCGUGUGGCAUCAUGGGCGGCUCAUAUCUCUGGCCACCUGAAUACUCUCAUAUAUGCCCCAAUCUUGCUAGCCGGAAUUCCCGUGUACUACGCGACGGGGUAUGCUAUGCCGCUGCACCUGAGCUGCUGCGUUCUGACCUACUUCGCCUCGUUGUACAUCCCCGCAAGGCAUCGGACAUAUCUGCAUCCACUCCUAGUCUCGUCGACAGCGUCCGUCUUAUUGAUCUGGGCCUUCGCAGCUAUCCGGGGUGAUAGCCUGCACACCGCAUUACGGCAAUUCAAGACCGGAGUCAACUUUUAUUCCCUUCUCUCUCAACCUGAUAAACGGAGAGCUCCCGGGGCUGGCGACAUCUUUGGCGCUGCGCUCGACGUCGGGAUUGUCGCUCUUGCUCUACCCAUGCACCGAUAUCGCCGAGAGUUGCGAGAACACUUCUUCGUCAUUCUGCUGCCAACCCUCGCUUUAUCGGUAGCUUCGAUUUUCGCUUACCCAGUUGCCUCAUUUGCCAUUGGGAUUGGCGCACAGCGCUCUCUCGCCUUGGCAUCCCGCAGCUUGACGCUCGCCCUUGCUCUACCCGCGACGCAGAAUCUAGGCGGGGAUAUCAACACUGUGGCCGCCGUUGCGGUCAUGAGCGGCAUUCUGGGCGCCCUUUUCGGCCGGCAGGACUUCAUCACUCGCGGAAUUACCUUAGGUGCCAACUCGGGCGCCAUCAUCACUGCGCUCCUUCUCCAGUCCGAUCCUCGAGCCGCUGCCAUGUCCAGUUUGGCUAUGGGCUUGUUCGGAACUAUAACUGUGUCGCUGACUUCUAUUCCGCCGCUUGCCAACACAAUCAGGUCUCUCGUCCUUUAG